CUUGAUCGAGAGGAGUUCAGACUCUCAGACACUUCUGGUAAGUGACAUCUGUUUUUUUUUUUCUCUCUGGCAAUAGAUCAGCUUAAAAAUGCACUGGUAUUUUAAUGAAACGGGUCAAACUUGCAAACCUUUAGGUAAUAUCCCUUCAUGUUGGGUUUUAUGUCACUUUAGGCAACAGAUUCUCCACGUGGCUUCACGAUGUUUCUUUUCUAGCUGACAUUUACUAGACCUAUUAAAAAGCACGCUUAUGCAAGUCAAUUUGAUCUGCUAGUGUUGGAUGUAAAAUAUUUCAUGGAAAAUCUGUAAGCUUUUUAAUAAAAUGAUUGCCUAAAUGAACAUAACAGUGGAGGGUAAGACUGGAUUCUUAUACAGAAUUUUUUUCUGUAAAUAUGGGUAUAUCUUAUUAAUUGGCAUUUAAAACUAAAUAAAAUGAUUAUGCAAGAAGAGUCCUUUAACUUCAAAGUUUAAUGUUAGAGAAAUAAAACUUAAAUCAUCUAGUAAAAUCUCAAAAAAAGUCUGGUUACGACUAACAUGAAUUACAUUUUAAUGAGCAUUAAAGUAUCUUUAUUCUGUCCUUAGUUUUAUUGCAUGCUUAGAACGAUUUUUUGGUCAUCCCUCCUCCCACCAACAAAACAAUGCCCUCUCUUAUGUCAGUAUUAACAGCUUAAUGUGUUCUUUACCAGACAGCUCAAUAAAAGCCGGCAGGUCAAGUGAUCCAGAUGUCAAACCCAGUGGUCACUCAUCAGCCUGGUGCAGGCGGCUAUGGGACGAACGUCCAGACAGGAGACUGGAGCACCGGCUUGUGUUCCUGCUGCAGUGACUGUUUGGUCUGUGCUGUUGGUUUUUGCUGUCCAAUUGCGCUGAGCUGUUACACAGCAAAUAAAUAUGGAGAAAACUGCUGCUUGGGCUGUUUGCCAGGAGGAAUGACGGCCAUGAGGACUCACAUGAGACUGACGUACGGUAUUCAGGGGACAAUAUGCAAUGAUGCCCUCAUGACAUUUUUCUGCGGACCGUGUGAAAUAUGCAGGAUGGCAAGAGAAAUUCGCAUCAGGAAUGGAGACGUUUCAAGCUGAGGACGUCCAGCAGUGAUUUGUUGGUUUCAACAGCAGCUUUAUGAUGAAAUCUACAUGUACUUUUUCCUAAGCUUUUAAUUGUUCCUAACAAGUUUUACACAUGUACAGUGUGAAAUUCUUGUAAAGGAAUUGCAUUGYCCAAACACUGGUUAGAACAAUCGAGCCUUGCAUUAUAAUGAAAUAAUUAGUUAUCUUAAAUGUAUUGUUUCUGAUUAUUUGCUUGAAUUUGAAUUUUGGCCCUUUCAGGGAUUUUUUUUAAACUUUGGCCUAUAAGGGAAAAUGAUUUUUUUUAUUUUGGCCCUCUCAGGAAAAAUGUUUGGGCACCUCUGCUCUAGGUGUAAAGGUAUUUGAUUUGAUCACCUCUCAAAAUGUGACUUUUGAAAUGAUGUAUCUGUAGUAAUUGCAAGUUAAACUUACUUUGUAUCAGUUACUUAAAAGACUCUGUCACCCAUAGAGGCAACUGCUAUUACACAAUCUUGGUUUGUGAACCACAGAUCUGAAGUCAUGAUAAAUUGAUUAGUUGUGGGUUCACAGCACUACAACAGAAUGUCAGGGGGGGUUGUGUUCUUAUUUCCAAGAAGAGCAAAAAAAUACAAUACAAUUCUCAUCAUUUGGCUAGGAUUCAUAGUUUCAGACAAUCAUCCUCCUACUUUGCCUUUUACGCAUUUAAUCUGUGUGCACUUUGUUAUAACAGUUUUAACCACAUUGCUGACAUAGUUUUUAAUUAAAUAAAACAAGGUGAUUGUUUU